CUAUCAUCAUGUCGAUGACGAACCUCCAGGGGGCUUUAGGCAUCCUCGUUUGCACCUUCAAUACAUACGCUAGCAAGGAUGGAGACAACAAAAGCCUGACUAAGGCAGAGGCGAAAGAGCUGCUCCAGAGUGAAUUGGGAGAGCUGCUGGGGAAAGCCGAUGACCAGGCAGCAGUGGACUGCAUCUUCAAGGCAAUGGACGAAAACCAGGACAAAACUGUGAACUUUGAAGAGUUCAUCAUCAUGUUUGCACACCUUGCUAUGGUCUUACACGACUUAGUCACCAGUUCAUAGGGAUCCAAGUGUCACCUUGGGGCCAGCAUCGAGAGGCACCUACCUGUGAAAGAGAUCUCAUGAUAGCUGUUUUGAAGAAGAAAUAAAUAUUUACUACUAUUCACUAACAUUAAGACACGAAACAUGAUCUCGCACAAUGAAAUAAACUUUCUUCAAAACA